ACCUACUUGUUCAGAGCCAACCCCAUCUCUGUCGAGUGAACACUUCUUCUGUCCAUUUAGUUUCCUUUUGGCAAUCUCAAUUGUCCUUCUUUUCCAUCUCCCUUGCCAUUCAAUUGCGCAAGGUUCCUCUUCAUCGUUGUGUCUCGAGUAGAGUUCUUGUAAUCAAACGUCCCCCCGUGACGCAACCAUGCAUUUCGCAUCGCUUCUCUUGCUGCCGGUGCUGGUCGCAGCCGAGCAAGCGUCCUUCCAGGACCAGGCACAGGCAUGGUUCGACAAAGCCAAAGCGUACAUCCCCGGCAACGUGCCCAGCACCAGCAACAUCCCCAACCCGAUCGAGCCUAUCGCAGCCAAAUUCGCCGACCUCAGCGUCGAAAAAAUCAACAUCCGCAACUGGCAGCGCAAGCUAUCGCCGAAACCCGACACAGAGGAGGAAUGGAUGAUCUACAUGACAGGCGGAAACAAGACUUGCUUCGGACGCUGCGAUGAGGUCGACAAAGUAUGGACUGAAUCCGUGCCAUUACUCACCGCGCUUCCUCAAUCAGCGGGAUCGCCUCCCCUGCAUCUCGGAUUUGUUGACUGCGAUCAAGAGUCAGUUCUCUGCACGAGCUGGGCUGUUACCCUGCCGUCGGUCUACCACUUCAUGGUUCCCAAGAAGUCGGAGCCUCAAGCCAAGACUCCUCUGCACAUCAAACCGUUGAACUUCUCGGAAACAAGCACCACCUCAAUCGUGGAGAUCCCCAGCAGAUCAAAGUCGACGUAUUUGAAAGAGGACGAAUACACUGGACUGUUGCAUCCGUUCGACGGAUUGUUGUCGAAAUUCGGCUUGCAGCAACCCUUUGGCUAUGUCAUGUGGGGCUUGGGAGUCAUGCCCAGCUGGGUUAUGAUGAUUGGUAUCAGUUUCGUCUCGCGACAGGUCAUGAGCAGGAGAAUGCAGGGUGGCAGAAACGGACAACCUCCGACUGGACCAGCAGCCCCCCCGGCGCAAGCCAGACCAGCUCCAGCUGCUGCCCCGGCUGCUGGAGGUUCGAAGAAGAGAAGGUAAACGGAUGCACCGCGGAGGAUUGAAAGAAGUCUGGCGGACUCUAUGCAAGUCGUCAAAAAUAUUGUUGAGCAGCGUAGAGCAGUUGAUUAUGAUCUUCCUUGGAUGAUCUAGGUCACGCCUGUAGCAGCGGAGAGUUGGGUAUUUUGCCCUCCUUGGUGAUGAGA